CGGGGGCGGCGCUCCCGCCGGCAGCCGGGACUUCCUGUGACAGCCCAUUUCCUGGUCGGAUGGGGCCGGCGGGGGGCGGCGGCAGCGGCGGCGGGGGUCGGUCCCUGACGGGCUCGGUGGCCGCCGGGAGCUCCGCCAGGCAGCGAUGCGGGCCCCGGGCCCUGCCGGCAGGCGGUCUCCGCCGUGACCCGCCGCGGGUCAGCCGGAGGGGCUGCGGCAGGCAGGCCGGCCGGCCCUGGGCGCCGCUGCGGGGGUGCAUGGAGGCACCCCCCGCCCGCAGAGAGGUGUGAAUCCCCCGGAGGACAGCGCGCCUGCUCUGCUUGGCCCCCACGAGGCGAGCGGCCCCGGGUCCCCCCUCGCCGGCCUCGGCCGGGCUGCAGGAGGAACAAGGAGAGGGGCUUGGGACCUUAAAAAUAGCGUCGCCCCCAUAACCAGGCAGCUGCUGUCUCCUGAGAAAUGAAGAAGUUUUUCGACUCGCGUCGGGAGCAGGGUGGCUCUGGCCCCGGAUCGGGCACCAGCGGCGGUGGCGGCGGCAGCGGUGGCCCGGGCAGCGGGUACAUCGGCAGGGUGUUCAGCAUCGGCCGGUGCCAGGUGACGGUGGACGAGGUGCUGGCGGAAGGAGGAUUUGCAAUAGUGUUUCUUGUGAGGACUAACAAUGGAAUGAAAUGUGCCCUGAAGCGGAUGUAUGUCAAUAACGAGUACGACUUGCAAGUCUGCAAAAGAGAAAUCCAAAUCAUGCGGGAUCUAUCUGGCCACAAGAACAUUGUUGGAUACAUUGAUUCCAGUAUAAACUCAGUAAGCAGUGGUGAUGUAUGGGAAGUGCUGAUACUAAUGGACUACUGUCGAGGAGGUCAAGUGGUGAACCUCAUGAACCAACGCCUGCAGACAGGGUUCACGGAGAAUGAGGUCCUGCAGAUCUUCUGCGACACCUGUGAAGCUGUAGCCAGGUUGCAUCAGUGUAAAACGCCAAUAAUCCACAGGGAUUUGAAGGUUGAAAACAUCCUGCUGCAUGAUCGCGGGCACUAUGUCCUGUGUGACUUUGGAAGUGCUACUAACAAAUUCCAGAACCCUCAAACAGAAGGGGUGAAUGCGGUAGAGGAGGAGAUCAAAAAGUACACUACGUUAUCCUACAGAGCACCAGAAAUGGUCAACCUGUAUAGUGGCAAACUUAUUACUACAAAAGCAGACAUAUGGGCCCUUGGCUGUUUACUGUACAAGCUGUGUUACUUCACCUUGCCAUUUGGGGAGAGUCAGGUGGCAAUCUGUGAUGGCAAUUUCACCAUUCCAGAUAAUUCUCGGCACUCGCAAGACAUGCACUGCCUCAUCCGGUAUAUGCUUGAGCCAGACCCUGAUAAGAGACCUGAUAUUUAUCAGGUCUCCUACUUUGCAUUCAAACUGGCAAAGAAGGAAUGCCCAGUCCAGAAUGUCCAGAACUCUCCGAUCCCCGCUAAACUCCCAGACCCGGUUAAAGCAAGUGAAGCUGCUGCAAAGAAGAGUCAACCAAAGGCCAGGCUGACAGAUCCCAUCCCUACAACAGAAACUUCCAUAGCACCUCGCCAGAGACCUAAAGCAGGACAGACACAACCCAACCCUGGAAUUUUACCCAUUCAGCCAGCCUUGACGCCUAGGAAGAGACCCACGGCUCAAGCAGCCAUUCAGGCACAAGUUGCGGGACCUGCUACCCUGGGCAGUGGUCAGCCUUCGCUACCUGCAAGUGUCCCCCAGCAAAAAGCAGCACCUCAACAGGCUCCAGCACAGCCACAAGCCAAGCAGGCGCCGGCUCCGCAGCAGGCCUCGCAGGCGCAGCCCCAGGUCCCUUCUACUCAGCCACAAGCCACACCUCAGCAUCAACAGCAGCUUUUCUUGAAGCAGCAGCUUCUGCAACAGCAGCAGCAGCAGCAGCAGGCUGCCUAUUACCAGCAGCAGCAGAUGAUGCAAGCUCAGCAGUUCCCAGUGAUGCAGCAAGGAGCGCCAGCACAGCAGCAGCUGAUGCAGAACUAUUACCAGCAGCAGCAGCAACAGCAGCAGCAGAUGAUGGCCCAGCAGGCAGCAAUGCAGCAGAAGACAGCAGCAGCAGCGGUUCAACAAAAGCAACAAGCCCCGGCGGCGCCGCAGCCCCAGGCCCAGCAAAGUGCAGCCCAGCCAGCGCAGCCACAGGAGCAAGUGAUGCAGGCACAAAUGAGGCAACAGCAAAAACCUCAAACCACGCCCCCCACAGCAGUGCAAGGUCAGAAGCUGGGCUCUCUCACCCCUCCGUCCUCUCCCAAGACGCAGCGUGCGGGACACAGGAGGAUUCUGAGCGAUGUGACCCACAGUGCGGUUUUUGGGGUUCCAGCCAGCAAGUCUACCCAGCUUCUUCAGGCAGCUGCUGCUGAAGCCAGUCUCAAUAAGUCCAAAUCUGCUUCCACCACACCCUCGGGUUCCCCAAGGACCUCACAGCAGAAUGUCUAUAACCCGCCUGAUGUCUCCACGUGGAAUCCGUUUGAUGAUGAUAACUUCUCCAAACUCACAGCUGAGGAGCUGCUGAACAAGGACUUUGCAAAGCUAGGUGACGGGAAAGCUCCGGAAAAGAUGGGCAGUUCCACAGAGAACUUGAUUCCAGGUUUCCAGCCGGCUUCAUCUGCAACCCAGGCAGAUGCAUUUGGUGGCUCUUCCUUCACUGCUGGAUCAGCAGCUGAAAAAACGAAAGACAUUCUGAGUUUGGACACUAGCCCUCCUCUUCUGACUGUGCCUGAUCCUUUCACUCCUCUCCCGUUAUCCGACACGCCAGAAAAACUCAUUGAGGGACUCAAAUCUCCUGAGACUGCGCUUCUGCUCCCCGAUAUCCUGCCUCUCGCUGACCCCUUCGGUAGCACAUCAGACGCUGUGAAUGGAAAACCUGACGUAGCUGUUGAGAGUCUCAUACCAGGCCUCGAGGCUCCAUUGCCCCAACGCCUUGUGUCACAGACGGAGUCAGUUGCCUCCAACAGAACAGACUCUCUCACUGGGGAAGACUCUCUGCUUGACUGUUCUCUGCUUUCUAACCCUGCUGCUGACCUCUUGGAUGAGUUUGCUCCCGUAGCUUUCGCAGCUCAACCUCACAAAGAAGAUACUAACCUGAUAUCAGGCUUUGAUGCUCCUGAGGGCUCUGAAAAAGUGACAGAAGAUGAGUUUGACCCAAUUCCAGUGUUGAUAUCCAAAAACUCACAAGGUGGGCAUUCUAGAAACAACAGUGGAAGCUCUGAGUCCAGUCUUCCCAACAUAGCCAGGUCUUUACUGCUGGUGGAUCAGCUCAUAGACCUGUAGCAGUGACACAGUAGCAGACGCAGUUUCUGUAACGUACCUAAUCCUCUGUUUUCAUUUCCAGAAGAGUUACCUUCAGUUGUGGUUCUUUGGGGCUUUUUUUUUUUUUUUUUCUUUAAUUAAAAGAAAAACAAAUCUGCCAACAGGAGACAGUCACCUUCCUUUCUCCCUGUCUUCCCAUGCCCUGGGAAAGAUUCUGUCUCAGUUCUCCAGGUAGUCCUCUCUAAAGCUGGUAAAAACCUGUUGUGGUUCCUUCUGCACCUGUCUUUAAUAGCCUAUGUCUAAAGGGAGCACCAUCCUUAGCCACCCUGCUGAGAUGUACACAUAGCACCAUGGAAAGCCUAACUGUAAAUUAAUUAGAUAAUUGUAGCUGAUGUAUGAUCCCUGCGUACAACAGACUCCUUUUUCCUUAGAGUAGUGUGUGAACAACUGUGUUUCAAUCUUUGCGUUUGUGUUUUUGGGUUUGGUUUUUGUUUUGUUCCUGUUUUCUGAUGAAUGGGCAGGAGGAAGGGGACAGGUGAAAUAAGUAGGGACGUCCCUCUCCUGCAGAAUACACGUUAGGAGAGCUGAUGUUUCUAAAUUGCCAGUAUAUGCUUCAGAGGAGGAGAAAGCACCCAAUUCCUCUGAAGUAGUCUUGCCUAGUACCUCUGGUGAUGGGUGCAUAUGAAGAGAGUUUUCCGGACUGCCCCCAGCUAAUGGUUUGCUGUUUAACAAUCCUGCUUGUGAAUGCACUACGCUUCCUUGGGGGAGGGGGAAAAAAAAAGAAAAAAGAAAAAAAGAAAAAAACAAACCCGAUUGUUAAAGCUGCAGAAAUGACCCUAAGUGAAAUAUAACAAGGUUUUGAACCAAAUACAUGUAAGUAUGGCUGUGACUAGCAUUUUGUUGACCUUUUUUGGAUGAAAAGGGCAUUGUGGCAGCAGCAGAUGUAUUUUCUGUGACUACUUUUCUGUGUUUGACUGGAAAAAAAGAAAAUCCCCCCAACCUACUGUAAAUUGUGUAUGAAACAAAUUGUCCUACGGUUGUUUGUCUAUUUUUAAUCCUGGUUUUAGUCAAGCAUCUGGUAUCUGUUCUGGGUUCCCUGUUUUUUCUUGUAACUGCCUAUAGUGCAAACCAGUUAAGUAUGGAACCAUUUGUUUCAGUAGACAAAGAUGACUGUGGACUUUAUUCCACUCUUAAGUCUUUGUGGAAUAAGCAUGCACUUGGUUCAGAUGGUUUGAAAUAAGUGCUGCUACAACUUGAUGGGUUUUACCUUUUCUUUUUCCCUUCACAUGCUUAGUUUGUCAACUAGCUGGAUACGCUAAGCUUGUUUUCAUUGGCUUAUGGUCAUGAAGUCCGGAAUUUCUAUCUUGUAUUUGAAAGCUCUUUCUGAACAGAAGGACUCUUCCUCUGUAGUGGAAUAAUUAAUAGCUUACUGCUAACCUUGUGUAUGUGUAUGUAGCUGUAUUAGUAAAAGUGCAGUUUCCCAUGUGCGAAAGUAUGAACGACUGAAAUAUGUAUGUACUGACCUCUCGCUAAGGAGGGAAAUCAAAGUUCGUGACUACUCCUUUCCUAUCUCCAGUCUCUCCGCUAUUCCCCCACCCCAACACUUAGUUUAACAAAUUCUGUAAAUAGAACUACCAUCAAUUGUGUCUGCUCUACAUUACUCUUCUUUUAAAACCUACACUUAAUAAUAAAAGUAUUGCUUAAGUGUGUUGUAUCAUUACAUGUGUAUACUGCACUUUCCAAGAGAAGCUUUACAUGAGAACUAUGGAAAUGACCUUAGUAAAAUUGUGGAUAGAACUUUAUUAUUUUUUUGUUUUAUAUUCCUAAAGCACAGGCAAGCUGGACUGGAAAACAUGAAGACGCUAUAGAUAGAAAGUUAUUGUAUAGUCAGAUACUGAGAUUAUAUGAAAAGAGAAUGGAUUUUAAAAAGUAACCAUCUACUGUAUAUUAGAAACAAAGAUUUCUGUGAAUUAAAGUACUUUUAAAGAAUGUUUAAGAUUUUAAAUCUAAUGGCACUUGUUCAAGGGUUCUGGAAAAAAUUAUAAAUGCACUGGGUUGUUAAUAAUGCUAUUAAAUAAGCAGAUGUGAAUGUUUAUUUUAUUGCUUUUUCAAGUAGCUAUUCAUGGAUCUGGGUGGGAAAUACAAUACAAUGGAAGCAUAUAUUUUUAGACAUGUCUAUUAUCUAGACCUCCUUCAUCAGAAAAUACUUGCCACUUAUUUGCAGAAUGAAUGGAAAAUGCGAGAGAGUUGAAAUGGGUGGAUAUUGGGGAUCAAUUUUAAGCUCUCCAAAAAAUGCGACUGUCCUACAGCUGUUAGGUUAGUGUUGGUGCGCUGCUCAAAAGUCGAGGAGUUUGUGUGAAAGCUGCCGCUGUGAAGGAACGAAUUGAACUUUCAUCCAGUGUCUGCAUGGGAGACAUUUGGUACCCAGCAUUCCCAAAAUGGUGUAAGAAUGAUUCUCUCUCAUAGCUAUGGUUGGAGCCUUGUUUCAAGCCAUGGGAGAUGUUUCUGUCCCCUUUUAAGGGUCGUAGGGUCAGGUGUGGUUAAGUAUUAUAAUAGAAACCUACAGUCAGCAAAAUCACAGCAGAGUGAUUCUCCUCUCUGCCCGGUGUGUGCUGGUCAUUCAUGUCGGGAUGACGGAGGAGCCUUUCUGUCCUAACAGGCUGGAGCUUGUAGUAGUGUUCUUGGCAGUAACUAUUUUGGUGGAUCCUCCUGAUAGGAUACUACAAAUGCAACCACAGUACACAGAACAAUUUCCUUUUGAGUCAAGGUUGUGCUUUGGAUGCAAGAAUAAAUUCUGGUUUUGGGAUGGCAAGAUGUUCAAAUGAAUAGUUGAAACUUAGAUGUUGGUUCGCACUUAGUCUGGAGGGGGCUUGGGCUUUGAGCUGCCCCUGCCUUUGGAAAUCUCCCCAGUUCAUCUUUUAACCGGAUGAGCACAAGUGUCGCAUCCACAAUUCAGAAAUCAGCAAAUUUGUAUUAUAUCUGACAGUAUCCACUGCGUUGGGAGCAUCUGUCCCCAAACCAGAAGGUGCUGCAGCUUCCUGAAUUCUGGCUGCCCAAGUCUUCACAGGGUUCCUUGGGACUUGGCCAAGGAUGAAGGACUUGGCCAGGGCUGCAGGCACUGUGCAACCUGCUGGAGAAGUCUGAGAGAUAGGUGGAAGCAUCUUAGCACUGGUGGCUUUGUGGCAGACCUUCUCCAUCCUCUAACAGCCCACUUACCAGAAGUGAAUGGCAGCUUGAGUGAAUCUCUGUGUAGAGCAAAAUUAUUUUUGGAGGGGGCUUUUUGUAAGUAAAUGAAUGAUGGUGGCAUUGUUCAGCCUGAAAGCUCGCAGGAUAUUGCCUCCAGUGACUUUCUAAAACCACCUUAUUUAAAAAUAGAUAAAAAAACCCCAUUUGUUAUUAAAAUGAAAGUUCAGAUGCGAUUCAGACCAAAAACGGAGUUCAGCAAGUUUUGGGCUAUCCAAGCAAACAUAAAAUGUGGAGCAUGUGGGCCUCUGACUAUGGAAAAUAUCAUCAAGCACAUAGCGUGCUGCGCUAGCAUCUGAAGUGCGUGCAUGUCUGUAUGGAGUAAGAUAUUUUCUUUUUAGCCAAUGCAUUUUUCUAGUUCAGGAACUCUCAUGGGAAUCGGUCAGAGUUGGGGAGUAGCUGGCAUGGAUGUGGGGGAAGCGUGGAUGUGACGUGGGGGAGUGCUCUGAUGAAUGAGGCUUAUCAGUCAACUCAGUUACCAAUAGUUGGGUGAGACUAGUUCAUGUGACUUUUUUUAUUUUUCUUUUUUUUUUCCCCUGAGGUGUGUGGGCACUGCACAUUAAAAUUGUAUCACUCUAGCAGGAAACAUAGAGGUGGGGUGGCAGGGGCGGGGGGGGAGAUUUUCUUUGUAUUUGUUUUUUGUUCCUGUGUAAUUUCUGUAACUGAAAGAAGCGGUGCUCUGGGGACAGCCAUGCCUACGUACAGGAGCGCAGACUCCGUGCACGGCAUCAGAUCUCAUUGUUCCUUGGGAGGAAGGGUGGGUUGCUGCUUGGCUGGGGUUGUUUUAAGGACAUUACUGAUGUGUGAGACUUGUGCUCCUACACUCCACAGGAGGGAGUUUAGCCCCUAGAAACUCGCCUUAUGUUUUUCUUAGACAGUCACAGACUGCAUCUUAAAAAUGACUUGCAUACAUAACACUUCGCUUAUGCACAGGGCAAACGAGGGGAAAACCAAACGAUGCUGUUAGUCUCCAGUUGGUCAGUCUUGUUCAUAAACUGCUGGAAUGUGGUGUGUGGGGUUGGUGUGUUUAACACCUGCCCUGUCUCACUUUGCGUGGUGCAAAUGACUGUACAAGCGUGCCAAAACCAGAACAUUAAAUUCCUUAUCUUCUGGAACCAAAGAACCCUAGAUCUGCUCCCAUAUCUGCCACUGUGCAGUGACUUUGGGCAGAAAUGCUUGAUUCUGCUGUCCAAAUUGUUGUCUAGUGACAUAGUAAUGGUGAUGCUGACCUGUGGUGUUCUGCUUUGAUACCUCCUCACUGAAAACACUGUGUGGGGGUACUUCUGUGCUGUCGUUUAACGAUAUUGCUUCUAGGAAUCGGAAUCCAAGGAAAAACUCCACCGUUUCAAGAACAAAGGAAUGAGAAGUCUUUUGACCCUUUUCAAAUGCUAAACUAGUAAUCUUGCAUACUAGUAAUUGUGCUGAUUUUUAGCUACCUGUUACCAUAUGUUGAGACCUUCCUGUCUUUGGCUUGAUGAAAUCAGGAGAGUUAUUCGGUGGAAGUGUAGCUUUAGACUCUAGGAAUGCCUCUGUUUCCCCUAACUUUCUUGUUUGGGGCUCCAGAAAUGAGAUCAUCAUCUUGGUGACUGCUCUGCCUCCUUGCGGCCCCUUGUAAUAGGGAGAGUGAAUCUUUUAUAGCUUUCCUGUCAGUUAUUUCAGUACUUUGCCACUUCGGUGCACCGUUUUCUGUAAAAGAGGGGGGAACUCCACGUGUCAGUGCUCUAACUUAGGGUAAAUGGUCUUUUCUUCAGGUUGCUAUCUGAAUACAUGCAGGGUGUAUUCCUGGGGUACCAAGUGAUAAGCGUUUUUAUUACUAAGGUUCUUCCCGCAGAAAAGGAGCCUGAGUGUAGUUCAGGAAUUGUUUCUUUAGUAUGUAUAUUUGACCCUGCAAUAAAAAAAAUUAUACAUGAAUGUUGUACAAGGGUAAGAAGAAACCUCAUCUAUAAACUUAAGCUUCUGUAAAGAUUUUUAUGCUGUAAAGCUUGCAGCUGUUAGGAGUGUGCAUGCAUUAAAACCUGAGCAUUAAUUGAAAACGUAAGGGAUGCUUCCCCAUGAAGUAACACACAGAUCUCGGGAGUCCGGAGGAGGAGGGGACAAAAGAGGCAGCUGCCCCUUGACAGUGUCCAUCUUGGCAUAGGCAGAUGGUAGGAAAUGCUGCCUCUGCAAAAGAGGCAUCUCUUUUUGCAUGAGGGGUUGUGGGUGCUUUGUGUGUUGAUUCAAGCCAACCAUCUGCCUGUAUCUUUUCAGGCCUCUUGCACAGUGUGCCCUUAGUGUGAAUGGGAGCCGAGUCAUCACAGAGAAGGGGCAGGGCUUCAAACAAAAAGGCACUGUUUGAGUUUCGGGAGAUUUGUCCUUUACCCUCAUGCUGUUACCAGCUCAUGGAGUGACCCUUUCUCUCCUUUACUGUAACACAGAACAAAACCGCCAUGCCUUUUCAUGUGAAACCAUCCCUUGAAUGCUUCAGUCUCACUGGUCUCUGAUCUCAGACCUGACGAAGCAUCCGUCGGCACUGGCUAACUUAAAUUCUCAGUCGUCCUAAAAGUUAUGCAGCAUGUGCUUCUGAAAUAUUUGUCUGCAAAGCCUGUAGCUAUGGCUGCUUAUGGGAGUGCACUGACCUUGUCUCGUUAGCUCUAACCUGACCUUUACACAAAGGGGUUUGGGUUUUUUUGGUUUGAUUGCACAGUUUGGUGUCUAAGCAUAGCUCGGACCUUUUUUAACAUACGAGAUUUAACAACUGUGAGAGGAGAUGUCUAAGCCACUAUCUAGUUAGACAUGGACUUGGAUGUUAGCUAAAGUAAAAUGCUGGUAUGAUGUUGUCUUCCUUGUUGUAGUGACGCUGCCAUAGCUCCUUCUGGAACUGUCCCUUUGUUUUCUGCCAAAGGAAACAAGCUGAGGGAAUCCAAGAACGUGGGAAAGAAAAGGUGUCUGAGACCCGUUACUGUGGGAUGAUGUCUGGAAGCCAGGUCUUCCUCCUUCAACAUCAGAAAAAUAGAACAUGGGAGCAUAGAUGGUGCUCCUCUCUUGUCAGUAAAUCCCCAAACUUCUCAGGUAAUCCACUGUGUUUUACUAUUGCUGUGCCCAUUUUUGUUUUCAAAUUAUCAGGGCCCUUCCCUUCUUGCUGUAUUGCCUAGCACUUUUGAGUGAAACCAGCUCUUAACUGAAGGCUGGAACAAGUUCCUACCUAAGCAUCGCUUCAUUUUUUCCUCCCAGAGUAAUUCACAACUCCUGUACUGACCUUAGCAAGGGAGAAAACUGCUUCCAAGCAUUCGGUGCCCUUAUCACUUAUGAUGGGCAGAGAGAGCAAGAAAGCAUCGGAAAAAGUAAUUUUUCCAAAAAUAGAGCAUUCUGCCUAUCAUACAGUGCUUCCAAGUUCAGAGACGCUUGCUGCUCCUGUCCUAAGCAAAUGGGCUUAUAUCCUGUCAGCCUUUUUCUUCCUCUGUCCUAAAUGUCAUCACUUACAUGAACAUAGACACCUACUAAUGCAAGUAACUCUUUAAAAAGAAAAUUCUGAUCAAAUGACUUGUUUGUGCUGUUCUUGUGAAAAGUGGGUCAUUGGUUUGCAUUGGCAUAAUGUUCACUAUGAUAAAUGCCUUUUUCCAUCCUUGUUUUCCUGUACGCUGUAUUUCAGUGAGGACUGGGUAAUUCAGAGGCAUUUGCGUGAUGUGGCAACUGGUCUUGCUCUGCUUCAGCCUGUGUUCUCAAAAUCUCACAAUAAUACCUGGUAAAUAUAUAACCAGCCUCCUGGAAGAAAAACACCACCAUAAACAUACUGUUCCUGUCAUCUGAGAUUAGCAUCUAAGGUUAAACCAUUGCUGACAACAUAGGCUUCAGGAAAGAUAGAUAGUAUUUUUGUAGAGUAACUUAUACAAUGUUCACAUAUCUACACUGAUUUAUUUAGCAGUGUAAUGUAUCUAAGUGAAUAGUUUCCCAAUAAAUACCGAUUUUGAUGCCUAA